CCCUGAGUAAGAGAUGAGUAAACCCAGCCUUACAAUGGGGAGAUCCCUCAGCUCACCCCUGAGUAACAGGGCAGGACCCCACACCCCUCCCCUGGUCCAGCCCCACGUCACCACCCUGGAUCCAGCCCUGGAGGAGGCCCCGGAGGUGACUCAAGGCCCCAGCAGCUCCGAGCAGGAGCGGCAGCUCCGGACAGCCGGGAUCUGCCGGGACCUGCACGGGGGAUCCUCCCUCAGCGCCUUUGAUGUGCUGCCAGCACCGCCUGGGGCUGGGGAGACUGGGGGGGGACCCCUCCAACUCCUUUGUACAGCUCAAAUCCUCUCCAAAAUAUCGCUAAAACUGGGAAAAUCACGUGUGUCACCCCCACUGCCACCUCCCCCCAAAACCACGGAGCCACAGCCCAAUCCCUAAUGAGGGCUCUGUUGGGGUCUGCCCCAUGAAAUGCCACCGUGGGAGCAGCGGGACGAGAGCCAGGGUGGCCCGAGGGGGUUGGGUCACUCUUCUUCCCCAGCUCCCAAACCUUCUGGAUCCAUUCCCAUUCCUGCCUCCUCCUCCUCCUGCUGCUGCUGAUGCAGGGAGAGGCGCCGGGAGGGAGGAGGCUCCGUCUCCUCCUCCGCGCCUCGCUGCGGCGUGCCGGGACAGAGCCGCGUGCCGGCGGGAAGCACCAUGGCCGAGCGGCUGUCGGAGGAGAAAAUCGCGGAAUUCAAGGAAGCUUUCUCCCUCUUCGACCGCGACGGCGACGGCUGCAUCACCACCAAGGAGCUGGGCACCGUCAUGCGCUCGCUGGGCCAGAACCCCACCGAGGCCGAGCUGCAGGACAUGGUGGGCGAGGUGGACGCCGACGGCAGCGGCACCAUCGACUUCCCGGAGUUCCUGUCGCUGAUGGCCAGGAAGAUGAGGGACACGGACAGCGAGGAGGAGAUCCGGGAGGCUUUCCGGGUUUUCGAUAAGGAUGGGAACGGCUACAUCAGCGCGGCGGAGCUGCGGCACGUCAUGACCAACCUGGGCGAGAAGCUGACGGACGAGGAGGUGGACGAGAUGAUCAAGGAGGCCGACUGCAACAACGACGGGCAGGUCAACUACGAGGAGUUCGUGAGGAUGAUGACGGAGAAGUGACGGCCCCCGUCGGCCACCUCCAGCUCCGUUCCGCAGGGAACAGAGGUUGUGGUGGUUCUCCCCCAGCCCCUCCAUCCCCUCCCACCUUCUCCAGGCUGGAAAAAUCCUCUUUUAUCCCAGUUGGAGCGUCACCAACCGGCGUCUGCAUCAGAUGUGGGAUGCAGAUGGAUUUGGGGUCCCCAUGGGAUGUCUUGUGUCUGUAGAUAUUCCAGAGGCCACUGAAAAUUCCCUGA